UACUGACAUUGUGAAUAACAGGAUCAAGUGCUUUUUAAUGACUUGCCACCUGGUGUGAUAAAACUGUUUAACAAAUUGCACACUGAGGUGAUGAUGUCAACCUAUAACACAAUUACCAAGUGAAACUACUGUGGAGGUGGGAGAUGGGCAAUACAACAAGGUGGCAUUUGAUUCUGUAUCAUUAAUUAAUGAAAGCUCACUACAAUCCCUGGGGAAUGAGUUGUAAUCUGAUACGCCCAUAUGACGCAUGAAAACACGUCCCCUCACACAAUAUGGCCCACUUAAGUUAAACUAUAUGGUAGAAAAAAGUCAAUGAGGCUAUUUUCAUCAAAGUAAUUAUGUAAUGUAGACUUUGUUUUGAUCUGAAAAUUCUUUAAACUUGCGUCCAGUCAAGAGAUCAAAGAGUAAAACAAGUGAGACUUUCAUCGUCUGUCUGUAAAUGAGAGGUAGAACUAAAGCAAGGGAUCAAGAUAAAGAUGAAGAAAGAAGUGGAGUGGGCGGUUCUGGUAUUGCAGAAGCACUGGAGCAAUGAAAUAAUGAUGAGCAUGACCAGAGACUAGCUUGAGUUACGUCCUGUGCAGUCUAAGUGUAUUGGCUUAGCUAGAACGGAUGGAGAGAAGGAAGGAGAGCAGGAGGACAGCCGCUGAAAGUCUUGACAGCAGCUUUGGCUGAAGGACAGUGAGCCGUCACAGAUGCAGAUGAGGAUAAUCUGUCUGAGGUGACCCCAAGUGACAGUAGUGAUGACGUCAGUGGUGGAUGGACCUACGAGUGGAGCCUCGUCCACAGUCUGAGUCCUGAGUGGGAACUUAAUAUCUGUGACACUGACAUACAAUCCAGCUCUCCAAAUCAGUGGGACUGUCCAGAGAGGAGCAGAUCCCUCAGCUCAGAGAGGCAUUGUGUGGCCCAAAGAGAUAUGACCCGGCUGGACCCUUCUCCCCACCAAGGCACUGAAAGCUCCUGGAUGGAUGAGAGGAGGGGCAGAGACAGGUCCCGCCGGGCAUCAGAGUCCAGAGGAGUCAGGGAACAAGAGAGUGGUUACUUCUCUCCAGACAGAAAAGGUGAUGGUGAGCGGCAGAUGGAGGAGGUCAACAAAAGGGCGUACCGUUACUACGAGAGGGGGCAUCCCCUCCCCAGCAACUAUGUUCUCGAGCCCAAAGCCUGCGUCCCCUACAGAAAUGUCAACCUUGGUUUGCCCUCCCAGAGGAGGAGCACGGAGACGUAUAUGCAGGAGACUUGGAGAAGUGAAUCCCCACAGAGGUACACGUACCACUCCAACUUCAGACAGGGAACCGACUCAGAGAGAAAUUCUCCAAGCCGUCACAGCUCUGUGAGUCCAGACCGCUACAAGUUAACCGAAUCUCCUGUGGGACCUCGGAGAGGAAGCUCCCACUCUAGGGGUCAGGCUCGGUCUCACGCCUCAUCUCAUGGCUCCUCUCAGCUUCCAUCACACGGUGCUUCUCGGCAUACGUCAGGCAGGUCCAGUCCAUCUCGGAGAAGGGGGUCCACUGCCUCUCGGACUGGCUCACCCUCGAGGGCUACCCCUUCUCACAGGCGCAUAGACUCCUUCCAUUUACAGAACAACAAUUACGAUGCUCAAAAGGGAUGCAGCCGAGAGUCGAGGAGUCCAUCCCAAGCUUCAAACAAACACAGUUUGGACUCUGAGAAACUCUACAGGAAUCUGGAGUUUAUCUCCCGCCGCGGCUCCUCGGCCAAUCAGAAAAACUCAUAUGAAGGAUCUCAAGCAUCUCCGCGAACGAGAACAACUGUCAACAGCUCCGCCAACACUCGCAGUCGCAACAGCCGGGAAGUAUCACCAUCCAGGAAUGGCUAUAGUACGCACAGCCACACCCCGCGGAGGGAGCCCCACUCAAGAGAAAGCAGACUGAGUCCUUCUCAAGGCUCGUGGCAGGGCUCCGCACACUCCUUACUCCUCGCACCAUCACGUGGUUCUUCUGCAUCAAGACGAGGUGCAGACUCUCAGGUGCUUGGCGGUUCAGUGUACUAUGCUGCAGUCACUGAAACUGAUAAAGGCAACGAGGGGAAUAAUAAGGUCAGCAGUGACAGAAGCAGGAGCAACAUGAGGCGAGGGAUGGAGGCCUUGCUGAUCUCUGAACCCAAGAAGGAUGCAGUAGAAACUGAGGAGGUGGGGAUGACCAUGGAGGACUACAUAGUGCUGGCUGAUAUUCCAAAGAUCCAGCUGGAGUCAGAAGAAGAGUUUCCUGGACUGAGGAGGAGGAACCAGAGUCCCAGCCCAUGCAGGGACGAGAGACUCAGGACAUACAGGCACCAAGACGAAUUGGACACCUACAGUUCAAGACUUGAGCCAGAUGAGAGGGGGAGAGGCAGGGAGAGGGGGAGAGACAGACGAGAGAAGUGUCGGGACUCUGAGAAUGGACGAUCAUCUCGAAGACAGUCAGCGGCAUCUCUUCAUGCACAGAGUUCAGAUAAUCAGAGUGGAAGGCACUUAUCCUCAAAGCUGAAGGAGCGAGCUCCUCUUGAACGCCCGCAGACACAGGGUUGGAUGUCCAGACUGGAUGAACAUGGCAAGUGGAGGAAACACUGGUUUGUUCUGGGUGACACUUCUCUGAGGUUCUACAGAGACUCGGAGGCUGAGGAGUCAGAUGAUCUGGACGGAGAGAUCAACCUGACAUCCUGUGUGCAUGUGUCAGACUGCGACAUAGAGAAGAGCUAUGGACUCCAAAUACAAACAAAGAGGGCAGUGUUCACUCUCUCUGCUAUGACCUCCAGAAUACGGCGGAUGUGGGUGAAGUUACUAAAGCAGGCGAUCCAGAAUAACACGCACCAAUCAGACACCGGCAGCGAGAAAGAGAACUCCCUCUCCCGGAGACCGUCGUCAUGCCAACCACUCGCUCGGUUCACCAGCAAAGACUCUGGCUAUGAACCUACCACUUCCACCUCCACCACCACCACAGCUGCAAACUCCCAUCAGGCUGACCGCCACCACCAAACUGUAAACGGGCAUCUGGACGCUGACUUAUCUCCAGCCAGUCAGAGAGGAGAAGGGGAGGGCUGGGACCGCGAGCAAGCGAAGCGAUUAGAGGAGCGGAACAAGUGGUUUGAGGAGGGAGUGCCCUUCAGUGAGAUGGGCAGCAGGUGGGACUCCAUGGAGCUGAAAAAGGGGAGUGUACCUGUGCCUGUCAUCGAAACCAUGGACUCAGUGGUCAACAGGAAGUGGGCAGAGUUCGAAACGCUGUCAUUCGGGGACAUGAGUGCGCAGUCUCUCAUUGGUGCCCAGGCCGAUCAGUCAAGCACCCCACACGCAUCACAGUCACUAGUUAGCUCCCAGACUUAUCACUCGAGCCGUGAGGAUGCUGAACACUCUGUCAAUGGUUCACAAGCUGAUUUAACAAGCUCAAAGGGGGCUCCUCCAUCUAUAAAUGAUGCACAAACUAUUCAAACAAAUACAGCUGAAGCCCUUCAAAAGGAGGCCCACUCUCUUCGAAAGCAAGUGGAGAGCAUUAAGAGAGAGCGUGCAGCCAUGGGCUUUGAGGUGGACAGCCCAUGUGGCCCUGGGGCCCCCUGUAGGGCCAGACUAGAGGCCAUGGAAGUAGCCCAUCAGAACGCACUGCAGGAGCUGCAAGAGAAACACGAGAGGGAGAUCAGGCAGCUGGAGGAGCAGAGAGACAAGAUGCUGCAGGAGGAGAACCAGGCAGCUGCUAAUGCUAUGGAGGCGCUGAGAGCAGCUCACAGAGAGGAGGUGCAGAGAGAGGUGGAGAAGGCCAGGAGGUUGUCUGGAGGCGCUGCACACGUGGAUACUUCAUACAGAGGGCACAUGCCCCAGGCGGACGUCUUGCACAGUGAGUUAGAUGUGCUGUCAGAACGCUACUCUCAGAGGUGCCUGGAGCUGAGCCGCACUGAGCAGAGCAGCAAGAGCCGGGAGACGGAGCUCGGCCACAAGGAGAGAGAGCUGGAGCAGCUCCGAAGAGAGAACCAGGAGCUUAAGGCCAAACUGGCAGAAGAGAUCAGCCGCAUGCGUUAUUUCAUCACAGGGCAGAGGUCGGACAUGGUGUCUCCUGGCAGGGCCGAGCACACUGCGUCAGAAGUAGAGAUACUGCUAAGAGCAAAAGACAAUGAGCUGCAGUAUCUUAAAAAAGAAAUAAUCUGUCUGCAGAGAGAAGUGCAGUCUCUCAACAAGGAGAAAGAAGCAGCUUAUGAGCGUUACAAGGAGGCAUAUGUAGAGCUGAGUGACAUGAAGGGUCGUAGCCAGCUGGAGAUGGGCUCCCUCAACGAACACUUGAGACUGGCCAACGCUGCACUUCAGGAGGGAGCAAGACAUACCUAACUAAUGAGGAUAACCGUUUUAAAUUUACAUGGAAAAUCAAAGACAGCAAGCCAAUAUAAAAUAUAAGAAAAUAAAACAACAACAUCAUUAUACUACAAUAAUGUGUGUUGCUAUGACUGGAUAUGACUUGUAAGAGUCAGAAUAAGAAUUAUGGAACUAUUGUGUACUUGUAAACCACCAUGCAAAGACUAUUAAGAUUAAAUAACAAGUGUUUUCCACAUGUAAUUUAUUGAGUUGAAUGAGUUGACAGACACAAACAUGCAAACAAGAGUGAGGCUAUAAUUAGCAGUUUUGACAGCCUCACAUGAUAUGAGAUUUCUUAAAUGGUUCCAAUGAAAACAAGAUAAGUAGCAGAGGAAGGAGAUGGGUGGAGGUAGAGGGAUGUCUUUGGAAGUCAAAGUGCCCCAUCUCCCCCAUUGUCCCCGUGCUGGCUGGUAUGCUCUCAGUCAGUAUUGCAAAGCACCCUGUGGAUGUAAAUAAAAAAAAAUGUCAUCAGUU